UUGAUCACGGUGUAAAAAAUAACAACGCACCAAGCACUCGACUUAUUGGAUCAGAUCCAUUUUGUGUGCAGCUUGAAGGAAUAAACAUGGGUACUUCGCAAUACUGUUUGUUUUUCUUGAGUUUGAUUUUGGUUUCUGCCGCGUUUCGUCUUCCUCACAGCCUGGCGGACGUGUUCCGUCCGUUUCGUAAGAGAUCUACUCGAGUUCAAUGUGGCGGUGAUCUGACAGCUGACUCUGGAGAUAUCCAAACUCCCAACUUUCCUCUCAGCUACCCAGAUGACAUAGACUGCCUGUGGAAAAUUGAGGUCUCUAAUGGUUCACGAAUAACGUUGACUUUUGAGGAAUUCCAGGUUGAAUCAAGCAACAACUGUGAAUACGAUUCACUGGAAAUUUAUGACGGUGAAUCAAGAGACCCCGCCAACAGAUUGGCCAAGCUGUGUGGAGACGAAUUACCUGAUACCAUUGAGUCCACCGGCCCUAAACUCUUUCUGAGAUUCCAUUCAGAUUUCUCAGUUGGAUACAAAGGUUUUAAAUUGCGCUAUGGAAAAACAGGGUGUAGUCAGACAUUCUCUGGAGAGAGUGGUUUGAUCACAUCUCCGAACCAUCCCGAAAAGCAUCCAGAAUCGUUGGAUUGUUCCUACCUUAUCUGUGUCCCGAAGGAAAAACUUGUGUCUUUGCGUUUUACGCACUUUGACUUAGAAGCUUCUGGAGGUUGUGACUAUGAUUAUAUUGAAGUAUAUGACGGUCCAGGGACGGACUCUCCGAAACUUGGAAAGUAUUGUGGUGAUGAUCUACCCUCCCAGAUCCGCUCCUCUACCAAUGAACUCCUUGUGAAGUUUGUCACGGAUCAAUCUGUUCAGCACUCUGGCUUUGCUGCUGCGUAUACUGCCGAAUCUAGAGCUGUCACUAAUCCUUGUCUUGUAAACAAUGGGGGAUGCACUGAUACAUGUUCCCAGACACGCGAUGGACGGGUUUGCUCAUGCAGACCAGGUUUCUCAUUGGAUCGUGACGGGGUGACGUGUAGAGACAACGAUGAAUGUUUAAUCAACAAUGGUGGCUGUGACCAUCUUUGCCUGAACACCCCAGGAAGCUAUAAGUGCAAAUGUAAUGAUGGCUUCGUCAUCGAUUCUGACAACAAGACAUGCAUUAAUGAAAACGAAUGUGCCACAGGAAACAACAACUGUGAACAGAUGUGCCGUGAUACUGAAGGAAGUUAUUACUGCGAGUGUCACAAGGGCUACAAAAUAGGACCUGACAGGAUCACAUGUCAAGAUUUCGACGAAUGCAAGAUGCCAAAGAGUUUUCAUCACUGCCAACACACAUGCGUGAAUACACCAGGAAGCUACUACUGCAAGUGCAACAAAGGCUUCAGACUCAGUGCUAAUGGAAAAAUUUGCAGGGAUGAAGACGAAUGCUUAAUGGGAGGAACAAAGUGUGAACAACAGUGUGUUAAUAUCCCGGGUAGUUUCUAUUGUGAUUGUUACAGUGGUUACCAUCGCGACGACCGACUUCCUCACAAGUGUGUGGACACUGACGAGUGUUCAGAGGGUCGGCCUGACUGCCAUAAGUGCUUCAAUUCUGAAGGAAGUUUCCGUUGUGAGUGCGAUGAAGGCUAUGUUACCGCUGACAAUGAAACUCGUUGUGCGGAUAUCGAUGAAUGUGCAGUGAAUAAUGGCGGCUGCUCUCAGAACUGCGUCAACAUGGAUGGAUCUUACAUGUGUGAAUGUAGCGAGGGAUAUAAUGCCACUGACCCUGAGUCACUCAACUGUGAAGACGUCGAUGAGUGUGCCAUAAAUAAUGGCAAAGGAGACUGCGACUACGCAUGCGCUAAUUCUGUGGGGUCAUUCCGCUGUUCUUGUGCCGCGGGCUUCUACCUAGAUGCUGAUGGACUGACCUGUCAUGAUAUAAAUGAAUGUCAAGUGAACAACGGAAACUGCUCGCAGAAUUGCGUUAAUACUCAAGGAAACCACUUGUGUUCCUGUUUUGAGGGUUUUGUGAACUCCGGCUCGAAUGGAACUGAUGUUAUUUGCAUUGACAUUGACGAAUGUUUUGAUGAGAUACACCAGUGUGACAGUCUCGCGAUAUGCAACAAGACUCCCGGUAACUACUCGUGCCAGUGCCCCGAUGGUUACUCCUCGCAGUGGAAGGACUGUAUCGAUAAUGACGAAUGCACUAGGCCCGAGAUAAAUCAGUGCGACCAAGUUUGCAACAACACUCCUGGAAGCUUCCACUGUGGAUGUAGACCAGGUUUUUACCUCCAAAACGACAGCAAAACUUGCAGCGAUAUUGACGAAUGCAAACUGGGGAAAUGCGAGAAAGGCUGCGUCAACACUGUUGGAAGUUACCAAUGUUUGUGCCCAGCUGGUUACCAACUGGCUGCAGACGGUCACCACUGUGAAGAUAUCAAUGAAUGUAUCGGAGAUAAUGGUGGUUGCGAUCAAAGAUGUGUAAAUGAAAAUGGAAGUUAUUCAUGUGCUUGCCGUCAUGGUUACAAACUUCUGAGAGAUGGAUCAACCUGUAGAGAUAUCGACGAAUGUCUGUUGAACACUGCAUGUUGCAACCAAGGUUGCGUCAACACAGAAGGCAGCUAUAAUUGUACUUGUUAUCAGGGAUACACGUCCAGCAGUAACUGCACCUGUGUAGAUGUAAAUGAGUGCCAAACUAAUAACGGAGGCUGCGAACAGAUUUGUACAAACAACCCGGGAAGUCAUAGAUGCUCGUGCAACUCAGGGUUUGUAAUCGACAGUAGUGACUCGAAACGCUGUGUGGACAUCAACGAGUGUCUUACGGACAAUGGUGGAUGCCAUCACAACUGCACGAAUUCUCCUGGUACAUAUCAAUGUACUUGUCAUCCAACCUUUAAACUACAAAUUGACGGGAAAACGUGCGGACAUUGCCCUACCUGCAGUGAUUUUGAAGCUCUGUUGCAAAGUGUUGAACAGCUAAAGAACAAGCUUGCUUCGAUUGAAAUCUGGAAGGCUUUAGUUGACGGUCAAGACUGUGUCUUUGGAAAUGAAAUUAAACCUGAUGGAACCUCGUGGAAAAAGAGUCAAUGUGAGAGAUGUCGCUGCGAGAAAAGUCAGACCCGCUGUGAAAUGAUUUCAAACUGUUCAGAAACCACGACACAACCCCCCACUACAGAGGAAAUUGUCACAAUUACUCACGACGAUGACAAUGAGGAUGACGAUGGGGACGAACCUGUUUCAUCCACCUCAAGUGGGGAUUUGCCAACAUCUUCCACCGCUUCAAAGAAACGUUCGACAGAAAGAGAACUUUCUGAGAGUGAGCUCUUUACUAUCAACAAGAAAAAGCGAUUGUCGUGAGCAGACCGGUCUAAUAGCAAAUCAAACAUAUAAUUGUAUAAGGGUUAAGGUAGAACAUUUCUGUCAUGGAAUUUGAAUUAUAAAAAAUUAAGAGCUUGCUAGUAGGAUUGGUAGAGUCAAAUGUAUUAUUAGUGAAACGCCAGGAAACAAAGCUUUAUUCACUGAAAAUUG